AUGUCGCCUGAGGACGGAGAGCAAGAGAACGGGACCGUGUACUACAGCUUAACAACAGGUUCUUGUGCACAUGGCUACGUCCACAAUCGCCUCCUGAACCUCUGCUACCAGCUUCAUCAUGACAAGAUCACCUACGACGACGGUCUUGCUGACUGUACGUCAAGAGGGGAACACUUUGUUGUUAUUGACAGUGAAGACAAGCAGGACCACAUGGUCAAGCAGAUCACAUCGUCAUCAGCAGCUAUGGCCAGUAGCUACUUCUUAGAUGGUUCAGAUGCGGCAAAUGAAGGACAAUGGGUAUUCCACGAUGGCCGACCUAUGACCUACUUUGCCUGGGCUAUAGGCAACCCAACAAAUGUUUCAAGUACGAAAGAUUACCUCCUUGCCAGCAAACUUAACAAUGCAUUUUCGUGGCGAGACGGGAAGCGGGCAGAAACAAAGUACUACAUCUGUCAGAAAGACCUUUGA